AUGGAAAACGAGUUGCGCCAGUUCUUCAAAGGGUUGAAACGACAGUUGGCUACAACGCAAGCGCGGGGCGAAGGGAACGUGAAAGUGGGGAAGGAUCCUCUGUCAUUUGAAUUGUAUGAAUUUCUCUGCGACCAUUUGCUUGCGCUACCAGGAGUUGACGCCAUUUUUUCCCGGACGUACCUGAUUUUAUCG